AAAACCGGAAGUUAUGAGCGAUGCAGCUGUGGCAUGUCGGUUUCCCAGUUCCUAGAAGAAUUUGUCUCGUUUAAAAUCUGCUGACUUCCUCAGGAAACUGAGACCUGUUGAAGUAAAUGUGUUGUUUGUUCAGAUUCCUCUGGUCACAAGAAGAAUGAGAGGUCUGGCACUGCUCUUACUGCUGGGAGCCCUGAAAGGGUGUCUCUUGCAGAAUAUGCAGGUGUCCCAGAUCCCAGCAGUGAGCAGCACAGUGGGCAGCACAGUCACCUUACAGUGUCACUAUACACUCAGCAGCACUGAGAAUGUGAUCAUCGGCUGGUACAAGUGGUACAGACAUGUGCCGGGGGGGCCUGAGGUCUCUAAUGAUAAUGGUGAUUAUACAGGCAGAGUCUCCAGAGCAUCUCAGAGUGAAUUAUUCAAUAACAGAUCAGCCAACAUCCAGCUGCACAGAGUGCAAUCCUCAGACACUGGAAUGUAUAUCUGUGAAGUUACAUUUGUGUUCAGUCAGACUCUACAAGGACAUGGGAAUGGGACGUUCCUUAAUGUGACAGGUGAUGUGACAGCCUACCCAUCUGUUACUGUACACCGCUACUUCCAUGUCCAUCACCUUGUUGGAGCAAUCAUCCUUGGUACACUGAUCUCAUUUGCAGUUUAUCUGAGCUGCAGAACACAAGCAAGAAUCAAAGAUGAGCAGAAGAGAAACACGCACAGUGCGGCUGCAUAGGAGAACUAUACACGGAACAAACUGGACAAUAAGAGCAAAUGGUCAAUGGUCACAUGAUUCUGCCUACUGACUAUUACAUUCCAGAAUCAUCUUGUCACAACUUCUACACUCAACAGGCAGGGAAGGGCACGUUAUAGCCUAUUCAAUAAAUAAUAUUUGUAAAGGAAAUAAAUACUGAACAAAAUAUUACAAGUCAGUUGUUAUGUCUUGUUUCAUUCUGCUAAUGCUGCAUUAAUGCUGGCAAAGCCAAUUGUAACUGGAAAUAUUUCUAUAGCAGGUGCAGGAAGUAACAUUUUAUCCCUUUUUGUAAUUACUCCUAGCUAAACAAUAUAGUUACUGUAAUCUAUUUCCCAUUUAUUCCCUUUAAAACGUCAAGGUGUGAACA